AUGUUCACCAUCCUCAUACUCUCUCUCUCCUCCGCCGCUACCGCCACUGUGCCUGAGCAAGAACUCGAAUCGAUGCUCACCACACUGAGGACCAAAGGCUACAGCCUCUUCGCCAACGCGAUUUCCGCCACCAACCCAUUCACCGACAUCCUUGCCGUGACUUCAUUCACCUUCUUCGCCCCCACCGACUCCUCCCUCCACGCUCUGGACAUGGCCGCCAUGGCGGAGGACUACGUCGCGACCCUCCACUGCCACAUCGUCCCCCGCAGCCUCUCAGUCGUCGAUCUCCGAUCUCUUCUUCCCUCCGCUUCGAUAACAACUCUGGACCCAAAUCACGAUGUGAUUCAAGUUUAGAGGCGGCCAGUUUCUGACAUCAUCUUCGUCGACGGCGUUGAUCUUGUUGUGCCUGGUCUGUUCUACGGUGGAGAAGUAGUGGUUCAUGGAUUUAUUUGAUCUGAAAACAGGAACAAAGAAAAAGUUCUAAAUUUGGUGUCUUACAACAUCCAAUUUGUUGAACAGGCUUAUAGCUCUGUGUUUUGCAAGAACUUGUCUUUGGUUUUUGAUUUGUGCUCUUAUAUAUUGAAUGAGAAAAUGAGUUCCUC